CAGGCGCAUGUCAGGUACUCAUGUAUAUUUCGUUCAAUUUCAUUCUGUUCGUGUUGUGCAUAAACUACUGUUUGAUCGUGUGUAUUACGAGUAAACGACGAUUGAAGUGCGUGACUUGACGGUCGAGACGAAGGGAGAGGACAAUAUGAGUGAGAUGACGAGUGCCGUUGAGACGCAGCAACAACAGCAACAAUACGUAGACGGUAGUUCGAAUGCGAAGCUUCAUUGCAAGGAUUGCGGUGUAAAAUUCGAGAGCGAGAAGAGUCUGGAGGUGCACCUACGUUAUCAACACGAAAAUUUGCUAAAUCAGUGGGCCAAUAAGACACAGCAGGAAGAGAGCAAUAAUAACCAUAGCAAGACUGGUAAUCAUAAUAGUCACGUGAGCCGAGACGUGCCGGCGGACACGAGUGAAGCAUCAUCGAUGUCGCCCUCUCAAGAUUCAACAUCCUCGCAACAAACACAACAACAGCAACAAUCACAACAAUCUCACACACAGCAACAGUCUACUAUACUUAUAUGUUCGCCAUACGAUCAUUUUCGAACUCCAAUGUAUAGCGACAGCAGCUACUUCAUGCAGAACGAUCAGACUUAUAUCUUGCCUCAUCACUUUUCGCCAUCACAGGAAGACGGCCAGAAUAACGGCAGUCGCGAUGGUGGUUUUCGCUAUCAUCCGUAUCAACAUCAGCAAUUGUAUCCCUCAGAUCGCACGACUUCUAACUCUACCAGCCCGCAAAGCCCGCCUUUUCAAUGCGACAAGUGCGGCGCCGUGUAUGAGGACACGAAUCAAUUGGGUGAGCACAUGAGAACGAAUCAUUUGGACUCGCCUACCGCGUAUCCAUCCGCGCCUCAGUAUCAGCAACUGGGCAAUAGUCCUCAGCAGCAGGGCCAGAUGCACCCGUCGCCGCCUCUCUCCAAUCAACCGCAACAAUCUGGUUACGAUUAUAACGGAGUACAGACGAUCAAGACCGAGAUGAAGCAGGAACAGCCUGAAGAGCAAGCUGAGAUCCUUGACUUGGAUUCUCAUAAGGUACACCGAGGAGGAUACGAAGAGGAGAUAAUGAGAUUGCAGCAGCAGCAGCAGCAGCAACAGCAGCAGCAGCAGCAGCAGCAGCAACAAGGACUUCAGAUGCAGAUGCAUCAUCAACAGGUGAUGCAACAACAGCAGUCGCAAAGAAUAGAGUCGCUUUCGGUAAGUUCUAUGUUGAACUGGCAAACUAAUAUGACUCAUGAUUAUGCUGGACACCCGUCAAUGGGUUCCAUAAACAAUCUUCCACCUAUCGCUGAUCAGGAUCAAUACAUGCGCGGUCAACAUAUGCCUGUGGAGCACGGGCAUCAGGGUUCAUCGAUACUCACAAGCACGCAACCAAUACCGAGCCAUCAAAUAUCAGCUGGAUUCGUGCAGCAAACACCGAAAGCGCCACCAUUGGCGAAUCAAUCUUGGAAAAGCAACGAGCCACGCCGUCCAAAGACAUACAAUUGCACUGCGUGCAACAAGUGGUUUACAAGUUCAGGGCAUCUGAAGAGACAUUAUAACACUACGCUCCACAAGAACGCUGUAAAGAAUGGAAAGGAACCUGAUCCAGCAACUCUACCGGUUACCAGUCAUCAUCAUCCUAAUAGAGAUAAUAGCGCUGGUCAUUCAACGAGUGGUAGGGGCGGUUGCGCUCCCGCGCGAUCUCCACCGGACUCUUCGCGGAGUCCCCCAAACUUGAUGGCAGGUCCCUCGGGCGAGGCGACGGGGGGCCUGCUUCACACGCCCACCACGCUCUGCAACAACAAUACUGCGCCUCACCAACUGGGCCUCCAGCAGCAGCAGCAACUUCACCUGCCAACGGGUUCGUCGGGCCAGCCGGUGCAUCAUUCCACGACUUCGCCCACCAUGGCCCCACCGGCGCACAUGAAUUGCCCUUCACCAAUGGAUUCAUCAUCCCAUCCGGUUCAUCACAUGAACUCGCCGCCCGGAUCGGGCCAUCAUCCGGCAAUGACUUCGUCCACGGUGAUGGGGGGUACUACGAUGCCUCCUCAGCCGUACCCAAACGCCUUGCCCCCCCACGUUACAAUUACUACCAACAUCCCGGCGGUCCCACUGGAAUCUACCCAAGCACCUACCACCAUGCAGCUAGUUACUAUUGGUAACGACCGAAACAAGCGGUCAGGUAGCUUGUUGCCCGGUUUUAAUACCAUCACGUCGAAUUUCUCGGAAUUAGAAUUUGUCGUAGAUCAAAGCCAGACACAGACCGUUAACGUGGGGGGGCUAAAUGUAGAGGAGAUCGCUCCUCAAGAGUCCUUUGAAGCUUCAAACUAUGAUCCAUUUUCGCCAACGCGUUACAAGUCGUUGAAUGAUCUAGACAUGACGAUGUUGCAAAUAAAUGGAAGCAAUAUGAUGCAGCAAAAUGAAAGACAAGCAAAGGAGGAUCUGGAUCCAAAUAUCGGCUUGCAGCCAAAGAAAGAGCGUAAAAGCAAAAGUAAUACGAACAAGCAAGAUGUCAUCAUCAUCAAUGCUAAUUGUAUCUCGCAAGACGGCGUCUACAAGUGUCUCGACUGCAAUAAGAAUUUCAACAAGCCCUGCUAUUUGACACAACACAACAAGAGCUUUCAUUCGGGCAUUAGACCGUUUAAAUGCCUCCUGUGCGGCAAACGGUUUUCAAACGAAGAGAGGAACAAAAAGCAUUCGGAAAUGCACGCGUUAGCCAGAAAACACAAAUGCGACACGUGCCCAAAGAUAUUCGCUCAUAAAACUGAUCUUAAACGGCACACCUGUAUCCACACUGGUACAAGACCGUUUAAAUGUGAUACUUGCGGCAAAGGAUUCAUCAGACACGACCAUAUGAGGAAACAUAAGGAAACACAUAACAAAAAAACGCGGGUAAACAACCAACGGCAAUCUGCUCAGCGGAUCGAACGAGCCAGUAAUCCACGAUUCAAUGCUCAACGAGGCAACGCUCAACGGCCCAACAACGUUCAACGGUUGCAAUUCAAUAACAACUGCAUGAAGUUAUAA